CUCGAAUUCAUCAACUUCGAGAACAAUCCCAAUAGUACGAUGCUGGCCGCGGGGGUGAAGCGAUGCUUGGGGUCGCGCUUGACGACGGCCUACCGGCGUCCAUUCGCUCCAUCGACAUCGGCCCUGUGGAUGCGCGGGUUCUGCGAUCACCGAGGGGACGACGAGGACGAUGAGGGCGACGAGGACGACGUGGUCGAUGGGACAACCAAGUCGUCGUCGAAGACGAUCGCGCCAGUGGGAGAGGGUGAGAACGCGCCCUUGGUACCCCACGUGCUCGUGCUCCCGACGCACAAGCGCCCGCUCUUUCCCGGCGUGAUCCUGCCCAUGACGAUCACGAACCCCGAGGUGUCCAAGGCGCUCCAAGCGCUGCGUGACAGCGGCCAAAAGUACGUGGGUGUCUUCCUCAAGAAGGACGCGGCCAAGGCUGCCUCCAAGGAAGAGAUGGGAUACACGGGCCUGGCGAACCAGCAAGGCGAGGACUUGGUCACGACCCUCGAUAACAUUCAUCAUGUGGGCAACUAUGCGCGUAUCGACAACAUGAUUGGCUUUGAGAACAACCAUGCGAUGCAAAUUCUGCUGACGGGGCAGCGCCGGAUUACGAUCGACGGGAUCCACGACAGCGGCGUCAACCCGCUCCGCGUGGCCAUCUCGCCGCUGACGAACCCGUCGUACGACAAGAAGAACAAGAUGAUCAAGGCCUACUCGAAUGAAAUCGUCGCGACGCUCCGUGAGAUCGUGAAGCUCAACCCGCUCUUCAAGGAGCACAUCCAGUACUUUAGCCAGCGCAUCGACAUCAACAACCCGUUCUUGUUGGCGGAUUUUGCGGCGUCGAUCACGACGGCUGAUGCGGAAGAGCUCCAGAGCGUCUUGGAAGAGAUGGACUGCGAGCGUCGUUUGCAGAAGGCGCUCGAGCUCGUGACCAAGGAAACAGAGCUCUCGCGCGUCCAGCAGUCGAUCAAGGAGCAAGUGGAAGAGAAAGUGUCCAAGAACCAGCGCCAGUACCUUCUCAUGGAGCAGCUCAAGACGAUCAAGAAGGAGCUCGGCAUGGAGAAGGACGACAAGGAUGCGAUGCUCUCCAAGUUCCGCCAGCGCCUCGACGCAUUCUUGGUGCCGCUUCCGGAAGCCGGCGAAGGGACGGCCGAGACCGAUAGCAACACGGAGCGCCAAAGCCACAUUCCCGACGCCGUCCUUGAAGUCAUCGACGACGAAAUGAACAAGCUCUCGAUGCUCGAAAAGAACUCGUCCGAGUUCAACGUCACGCGCAACUACCUCGACUGGCUCACGCUUCUGCCGUGGGGCAAGUCAACGACCGAGAACUUUGACAUUGUGGCGGCCAAGGCGAUCUUGGACGCGGACCACUAUGGUCUUGGCGACGUCAAGCAGCGUAUCCUCGAGUUCAUCGCUGUUUCCAAACUCCUCGGCCAAGUCCAAGGGCGCAUCAUUUGCCUCGUGGGCCCGCCAGGUGUCGGCAAAACUAGCAUCGGCAAGUCGAUUGCUUCGUCGUUGAACCGCGAGUUCUACCGUUUCUCGGUCGGCGGUCUUAGUGACGUAGCCGAGAUCAAGGGCCAUCGCCGGACGUACGUUGGCGCGAUGCCGGGCAAGGUUAUCCAGUGUCUCAAGACGACGCAGAGCUCCAACCCGCUCAUCCUCAUUGAUGAAAUCGACAAACUCGGUCGCGGCCACACUGGCGAUCCUGCCUCGGCGCUCCUCGAGCUUCUUGACCCGUCGCAAAACACGUCGUUUGUCGACCACUACUUGGACGUGCCCGUGGAUUUGUCUCGGGUCCUCUUUGUGUGCACUGCCAACGUCACCGACACGAUCCCGGGUCCGCUCCUCGAUCGUAUGGAAGUCAUCCGACUUUCGGGAUACGACGCCCCCGAGAAGGUUGCCAUUGCCAAGCAAUAUCUCGUACCCAAGACGCUCGAGAAGAGUGGCUUGAAGAGCGAGCAUGCCCCGGCGUCGUUGUCGCUCACGGACGAUACCAUUAUGGAUCUUGUCAAGCGGUACUGCCGGGAAGCUGGCGUGCGCAACCUUGAGCAGCACAUUGAAAAGAUUUUCCGCAAGGUCGCGCUUGAGGUGGUCGAAAACAUGGCCAAGGACGAGAAGGACGUAAAAGACUAUUGCAUCACACCCGAUGGCCUCCAGAAAUAUGUGGGCCAGCCCCGAUUUACCUCGGAGCGCAUGUACGAAGCGUUACAGCCUGGUGUUGUCAUGGGUCUGGCGUGGACUGCCAUGGGUGGCUCGUCGCUGUACAUCGAAACCACAACGGUGCAAACCAAGGGCGGCAAGGGCUCGCUUGUCACGACGGGUCAAAUGGGCAGCGUCAUGGAAGAGAGCACGCGGAUUGCACACACCUAUGCCCGCCACAAGCUCGAGCAGGUGGAACCCGAGAACACCUUCUUUGAAGCCGAUCUGCACUUGCACGUGCCGGAAGGGGCGACGCCCAAGGACGGUCCGUCGGCAGGAUGCACCAUGGUGACGGCCCUCCUCUCGCUCGCGAUGAACAAGCCUGUGAAAUCCAAUCUUGCUAUGACGGGCGAGCUCUCGUUGACGGGCAAAGUGUUGCCGGUGGGCGGUAUCAAGGAGAAGGUGAUCGCGGCUCGACGUGCCGAUGUGACGACGAUCGUGCUUCCAGCGGGCAACCGCAAGGACCACGAUGAGCUGCCCGACUACCUCAAGGAAGGUCUUGACGUGCACUUUGCUAAGGUCUACGACGACGUGUUCAAAGUCGCGUUUGAGGAAGCGGCGCUUUAAAUGGAUCCAUAGACAUUGAACUUCCCAACGUGAUCUAAUUUGCUUGCGUAGCGCCUCUUUGGCGUGGUGAUGGCACCGUACACACCGUGGAAAUCACCGCAGCGCGAGGAGCGCGAGGAUGCGCCAGAGCAAAAUGAAGCCGAUGACCGCGAAAAAGUUGGACCACCGGUCGUCGUAGUUCAUCUCGUAGACCUUCUCGACGUAGUCCUUGACGCGAAUCUUCUUGGUGC